AUGAAGCGAUACGGAAGUCUAGAAGUCCGAAAGCUCGUCGUCACCACGUAAGUAAGCAUUUCUCCCACACCCCCCGCGAGAGGCGAUUCUUGUCUCUGAUCGAUACCUGUACCGUACCGCACAGCAACGCCGUCUUCCUCGCUCUACUAUCCGCCUGGUAUCUCCUCGCCGGCAGCUGGUCGACCGAAACCAUCACCCCCGAGCCCGACAUGGGAGACAUCCACGAGCCAUCAUCAUCAUCAGGCUCAGGCACCUUCGAAUUCGAAACCGUCAUGGGGAUUUUCAUGCAGGAUGAUCCGUCGACGGAUUGGACGGGUUUUGAAUACGUACGUAUCGUCUCCCCCCUCUCUUUCCCCACCCUCCAAAUCCCAAUUAGAAUUUUCUUUUCUCAUUCUUAUUUCUGACUAAAAGACGAACAACAACUUCGGCCUCAUCAACCGCUCCUAUCCCACCGAUGACCCCUCUUCCUCCUCCACAACAACAGCACCCUGGCUCCGCUUCGCCCAAUACCUCCACCACCUCACCACAACCUCGCCCGCAAACGUACAGUACAAACUCCUCUACCUCGGCCGCCACGGGGAAGGUGCACACAACGUCGCGGAAGCGAAAUACGGCACCGCGGCGUGGGAUGCGUACUGGUCGAAGCGUGAUGGGGACGGGGAAUUAUUCUGGUCCGAUGCAAGGUUGACGGAAACGGGGAAGAGGCAAGCUCUCGCGGCGGGGGAGUUUAUGGGGGAGAUGAUUUCGUCGACGGAGGAGACGGAAAAAGGGAAAGGGGGGAAAGGGGGGAUGCCUGCCCCUCAGGCAUACUUCGUCUCCCCCCUCUUUCGAUGCCUCCAAACCGCAAAUGUGACAUUUGGAAGUUUGAAACUCCCUGCUGGAUCAAAGCCUUUCAGGCCGAUUAUCAAAGAGCUCCUAAGGGAAGUCUUGGGCGAGCAUACCUGCGAUCGACGCAGCACGAAAACUCUCAUCUCGACCAAUUUUUCCGAGUGGCGGUUUGAGGCGGGUUUCACGGAGAGGGAUGAAUUGUGGGAGGUUGAUCACAGGGAAACGGCGGAGGAACAUGAUGUGCGGACGAGGGCGUUUUUGGAGGAUUUGUUUGGGAUGGAAGAUGAGGAAGAUAGUGGUAGGGAGGGGAAGGAGGACGGGAUGGUGUAUGUGUCGCUGACGAGCCAUUCGGGGGCUAUUGCGAGUUUUUUGAGGGUUUUGGGACAUCGGGAGUUUGCGCUGCCUACGGGGGGUAUGAUUCCUGUUUUGGUCAAGGCGACGCGGGUGCGGUGA